CCGAGCAAACGCCACAGCUCGGCCAUCUUGUGACGCGAGGGGAGGGUCCGUCUGCUUCUGUCUUACCUCAGUGUCCAAGCCGCUGCAGGUCCCUUAACUGUGCCAGAUUGCCCCGUAGGACGCCCCCACACAGAAGAUGUCCACGAUGAACCCUGAGUAUGACUACCUUUUCAAACUCCUGCUCAUUGGAGACAGUGGUGUUGGGAAAUCAUGUCUGCUCUUAAGAUUCGCUGAUGACACAUAUACAGAAUCGUACAUCAGUACCAUAGGCGUUGAUUUUAAAAUUCGUACAAUUGAAUUAGACGGUAAGACAAUCAAGCUACAGAUCUGGGACACAGCUGGGCAGGAACGCUUCCGUACUAUCACCUCCUCCUACUACCGCGGCGCCCAUGGCAUUAUUGUAGUUUAUGACACCACCGACCAGGAAUCUUUCAACAAUGUGAAGCAGUGGCUGCAGGAGAUUGACAGGUACGCCUGUGAGAAUGUGAACAAACUCCUGGUGGGCAACAAGUGUGACCUUACCCACAAGAAAGUCGUAGACUACCAGACGGCCAAGGAAUACGCUGACUCUUUGGGCAUCCCCUUCCUGGAGACCUCUGCCAAGAAUGCCACAAAUGUAGAACAGGCCUUCAUGACAAUGGCUGCCGAGAUCAAGAACCGCAUGGGACCUCCCUCAGGACAUCAAGGAACUUCUCCGAGCCUCAACGUGCAUAAAAGCACCCCAGUGGAGACCCAGCCAGGUGGAGGGUGCUGCUGAACACAAACUUAGGAUAACAUCAAAGCUUGGCAGAUCCAGGAGACCAGGACACCAUCAGAGGGCACAGUGUUGUUGCCUCCCACCAGCAGGACUCCACCGUGACCCUCAGGAAGUCCCACACAGGCGGCAAACAUCAGCAACAGCAGCUUUGAGUUCUGAUUUCCUGGAUCACUGUUGCCUGGUGACCAUUUGGCACCAGGACUUGGGUGCAAAUGGUGUUAUUUUGUCACGCCAGACUGUACUGACCAUCAAGGGGCAGGAGUCCAUCGGUCUGCCCUGUUGACGUACAUUGGCGAAUUGAGGUUGAGGGUGAGAUGAGACCAUUUACUUUAUUAUUUGAUCUGUGUAAGAUAGCAAAUUAUUAUUUCUUGGUAAGUUUCUCUUCAAAGGCUCUGUGAAAGUUGUGAAAUUUCCUCUCCUGUGUUUCAUUAAUGCUAGAUGGUGACGACUUGCAAUUUGAGGUCAGUGGAAGCAGGUAGAUAGCUGUUACUAGUGUUUUUUUUUUUUUUUUUUUUUUUUUUUUUAUAUUUAUUUUAGGGACUAGGGAUGUUUAUUGGGAGAAGAAGUGUGCAAUGCUAACGACCGGCUUCCUACGUGCUCAUACUUUUGUUUGAUUAUAUAUAAUAUAUAUAUAUUGGGUGAGUUGAUAACUUUUGUAAGUUCUUGCAGUUAUUAUUAUAUUCUGAUAAGUAAAUAACAGAAAGUUAAAGUUACUGAAUUAUUGAAGCUUUUUUAGUCAUGCUAUUAUAUAAAGUCAUUGAAAGUUUGUGAUUGGCCUUUUUUUAGGAUAAAUAUAUAUAGCAAACUAUUACUAUUUUGUUAUAGCUAGACCUUUCCCACAAGCAUGAUAGGGUACUCACAGCACUUGAUUUGUAAUAUGAAAGAACAAUAGCUAUUGAUUCUUGAACAGUGGUACUAUUUCAUCAUACUAAACUACCUAUUGUUUCUGGCAAUUUUCUGUCCAAUUAAUGUGCAUACUGUCCUCACUGCUCAGCUCAGUGGCUGGAGCAAGCUGUCGCCAGAAUUUAUUGAGAUUUAUAUAAUGGCUUAUGUGUUAUGUGGAGGGAAGGGAAGUGAGGGUGUGAAGUCCGUGAUAUCAGGGCUGUGUACACAUUACCUGGACUGUAUAGUAAAAGGAAGAUGUCCAUUCCAUCUCUUUUCUAUUGAUCAAACCCUAAACCUUGUACAUGGAUGAAUGUUUCACAGUAAACUCUAAAGACAAAGGAUUGUUUGAAACUUUGCUCCCUCUGUUGAGAAAAACACACAAGUGAGGACUUGAUCCAAGCUCAGAAUUUAUACUGUCAUCUUUGGUCGUUGUGAUGUUCCGGAAAGAGCUGUGUGAGUUUAUUCAUGUUUGUGUGAUGUGACUGGCACUGGAAAAUCAGGGUGUUUGCCUAUAUUCAGUUUCUGACAAUGUUGGGAACUUUCUUUCAGUCAAGUGAAGUGUACUCGUUCAACACUACAAAUUGUCUUAUGUUACACUGUAUUGAUGUCACUCAUUUUGUUGCUAUUCUGCUGUGGAUAUCCUGGAGCAACAUGUCUUGACCCUAUGUUAUUUAACUUGCUCCUAGAGGGAAGAGAAGUCAUUAGUGUUUUGCCUGAGAAUACUGUAAUUCAAGGAGAUGCAUCAACUGAGGACUGCUGGUAGACUUCUUAGUAGAUGCUUGCUUCUUGAAAGAAUCAUUUGUCCAUUGAACAGCAAAAAGUAGUCUGGCUUGUCAUAGUGAUUGAUAUUUUACUCCAAAGAGAAGUAGAUUUUUGAUAAUGCAUGUUUUGCUCAUGAAAAUUAGCCCAAGUUGAGAAGAGUAGGAACAAUGUAUGUGUGGAAUGGAAGUCCGAGUGGUGUGAAGUGCAGGGUGUGUUGUCCACCUCCCUGGCUGAUCUGCUUUGCCUUUUAACUAUAGAAGUCCAGCAUUUUUUGCAUGAGAAAUGAGGGUUACUGAGGAUGACAAUGGGAAGAAAUUUCUUGCUUAACAUUCCUCCAGAUUCCAGAGAAGCCAUGGCUCCUAACUUGUACACCCAAAUAAAUUAUUUUGAGAAGCAAACAUAAUAAUGACAUUCUGCUUAAUUUGUUAAGAAUACAUGGCAUGGCUAAUGAAUAAUCAAUUUGUCCUGCUGGCAUUGAGACUGAGACAGCAUGAGGGAAGUAAAGAAAUUGGUUGUUUUAGAGAUCCAGUAGUAUAAUUCAGUUACUCUGUGCUGGGUCAGGCAAAAGCCAAACAUUUACCACCUGAUUGUGAUCUAACCAAAUGAUCCCUAACUAAUGCUUGUGUCUCCUCAGUGCAUUGCUUUCCAGCGAAGGGUGUGGAAGAUGUUGGAUUGUUACGAUGUGCAUUGAAAUAAAUGUAUGCACAGUGGCAGUCACUUGACAGAAAUUACUGUAGGGGAAUGUACUGGAUGGAAAAUAAGUCUUCAGAGAUCACAGGUUUAUUCCAAGUGUGUGUGUUUGUGUGUGUGUGUGCGUGAGAUUGAAAGAUGUCUGCCACCAGUUUGUUUCAGAUCUUGAUACUACACAUGUCAUUCAUAUCACCUCUAUGUAUGUGACCAUAAGUAAGCCUGUUUUAGUCAAAGUAAUAUCCUUUAAUGUCAUGUAUACUAAGGCUAUCACAACAUACUACUUUUGUGUAAAAAAAAAAAAAAAAAAAGCGACUCAGGCGUUUGGAAGUACGUACGUAUUUGAGUAUUUUGUUUAAGUGGCUCAAAACUCUAUAUAUCAGAUAUGUUCCAGUGUGUAAUUCAGUGAAGUUGUAAGUAUCUAUAAUUACUAUGAACUGAAGUUGCAUGUUUUGUUAUGUGCAAGGUAAUGUCCUUCCUAGCAGUCAUUAGCCACAGUGGUCGUCUUAAACUAUGCAUUUAGAUGAAGCUCUAGAGGUGACUGGAAUCUAUUCUAUGAAAUAUCAUGUUAAUACAUCACUCCUGCGACCUUUUGUAUGCUUGUUGCACCAUGAUCGUUGAUGUCUGUACAGAAUAUAUCUAUAGUAAGAGUGAGGAACAGAAAUAUAUGCUUAGUGCUUUAGACUUGUACAGUUAUACUAAUUUAUAGGAAGUAUUUAAGACACUAUCCUAGCCUAAGAGGGAUUAUUGAUGCUGAAUAGAUUUCAUAUAUUGAGUCAAGGGAUUAUCAGUGCUGAAUAGUUGGAUUAGUUUCAAAUACAGAUGUCAGCUUGUCAUCACGCCAGUCUCGUCUCUGAUGAUAUAACUCCUCUCUGGUAGGCAUUUCAUAACCUUUGCACUGAUGAAGUGAAAUUUAGAUAGCCUGCACUUUUUGUAAGGGUGCUUAACCUUCUUUCAACAUGUUUUGUAUUGGGCAAGGCCAGAGGAGGGUCCACAGGCAUGCUGCACAGUGGUCUGUUGUACCAAAAUAAAAAGAUCGAGCCUGA